CUCGGUCAAAUGGAUGGACGACUCGGAGGCAGUAAGUUGGGGUCAUCAAUGACAAGUCGGAUGAUUUUACUCACUCAUCCAGCCAGGAGUUGGAUCUUUAUGAUUUAAUUGGAACUCUAUUCCUAACCAAAGUAGUCUGCUUAUGGCAAACAACAACAACCCUUUCUACCUGCGAUAUGUUCUAGAAAAGGAAAAAUUAUCUGGAACCAACUUUCUUGAUUGGGAGAUGAAUCUUAAGAUUGUUCUCGAAUGCGAGAAAAAGCUCUACGUCCUUACCUCUGAGCCUCCAAAAGCUCCUGAAGCGAACGCCCGUGCUGCAGAAAUUACUUCGUACAAGAAGUAUGAAGAUGACGCACGUGAUGUGAGAUGUCUCAUGCUAGCCACCAUGACUCCGGAGCUCCAAAGGCUCCAUAAGGACAUGGAAGCUCAUCCUAUGAUGACUCGCUUGAAAGGUCUAUACCAAGGCUAGGCUAGACAUGAGCAUUUCAAAAUCUCUACGACUCUGUUUUCCAGUAAGCUGGCAACGGGUAACCCAGUUGGUCCCCACGUUCUCAAGAUGAUCGGUCAGAUCGAAACUCUUGAAAAACUGGACGCCCCGUUGCACCCUAUGCUGGCAACUGAUCUCAUCUUGGGAUCAUUACCAGCUGAGUAUAGUCAAACUGUAGUGAACUUCUACAUGAACAAACUAGAGAUGACUAUGCCUGAGCUACUGAAAUUCCUCACAACUGCUGAGGAGAGUCUAGGGAAGGGCAAGGGUAAGUCUGUCCUGAUGGUAGAGGGCAGUACUAUUGCGAAGAAGAGUGGGCCACGUUCGCCGGCCGGGACCAAGCGCAAGGGUUCUAAGAAACCCAAGCCAGCGUCCAACUCCUCUUCGUUGAAACCCAAAGA